AUGGAUAAAAGCCCAGGCCACGAAACGGUUGCUGACGCCGUUACCGGCGGAUCAAAACUCGCUGCAGGCAGAAUCGAGCAUGCUGGCGAAACCAGGGCGUCCAAGGACUCUGGCGGAGAUGGAGACCAUCGCAUGGCCGCCGAAGACGAGCAGACACCCACGUCUGAGAAGACGAAGAAGAAGAGAAAGAAGAGGGGCAAGAAAUCACUGGCACAGCGCGGUCCGACAGCCCUGCCCAAGAACCGCGGGACGGGCUUCGAAGAAUACUACGCCGACCCUCCCAUGACGCCUCAGGAGCACGCCGAUGAACGAACCGAGGUCUAUUCCAGCAAUAUUCCUUUCGCAGACCGAAUCCAAUCCUGCAUUCAGCGUUUCCGCAAUCGUCGCCGUCUGCAAUCUGAGCACACACCCUUUUUCGACGAGUACCUGUUCCUCGGCGGAAUCGACACUGGCAUGAAUCAGUUUGGAGGCCACGACCCAAAAGACCUGAAAGAUCUGACGCCUGCGGAACGCCGAGACCUCACUGCCAGGGACACAGUCCAUCAAGGCAGCACUGGCGACGAUCGAUUCUACAAUGGAGAUGACGAGAACUGGGCUGUUGACUUCACCGGCGUUGUGGCUGGUUUCUUUUCCACUCCUCUGUUGGAGCUCACCGGAGGCAAAGUUGAGCGCAUGGCACUAGCAGCGGACAUUGUCGCCAACUUCCUGCGCUAUGUCUUACAACAUGAUGUCUGUCCCGAGUACGACGACGACGUGAAGCGCGCGCUGCAGCUCUGCUCGGAUGCUAAAGACGAGUGGUCGGCCUUGGACGCACUCCGACCUUCCAUCCCCGGCCCCUUCAACCUCGCCGCCGCAGACUUGUUCUCGCCCGCUGAUCCCGGAGAUUGGGCUGUUCCUCUUCACCCUCGACCUGAGAACUUUGACCCAAAGGCCGUUUUCUACGCCUCCUGUGCUCUUCUUGGUCUUGUGGAGGUGUUUGGCUUGAUUGAGCGUCGCGGUCCUGUCGUCACUAAAGAGAUUCGAUGCACGGUCGAAGUCAUCCAGAUCGAACGCGCCACCGAGGACGUUAUCAAACGGUUCAAACAGCUCAGAAUCGACACUGUCAAAGCUGGUGUACCGGCUAUCGGCAGAGCCUACGUCCGACCCUCUUCCAUCGACGAUGGAUGGGACCAUCCCGCCCGCCCCGAGUCCGUGGAUGGCGGCGAUAUGUGGUUGUUCUUUGAAGACGCCACCCUUGCGAACAUGAGAGAGGGAAUGAAGAUGGCAUUGGCCGUCGUGGAAUUGGACGUGGGCUUUCGCUUUGUCAAGGCGUGCUCCAGCGUGGUUCCCACGUUCUACACAUUCCUGCCUCAGCAGCUCAUGAAGCACUACAAGAUGCCCCGGGUGAACGAGCGGCCAGCGCCAUCGGUGCACGACCAGUACGUAGAUGAGGCACAGUACGACCAAGAGGACUAA